AUGUCCACUCACUAUCAUCUGUCACAGCUUCAGUGCAAGCUGUUGGAGCUGAGAGUGCAUUUCCACCAUUGGUGGAAUAGCGGGGGAGGAAGAAGAGACCCCGAGAAACAUCCGAAUAUUCUUACCAGGCGGCUGAAAAACAUGCCUUUGAUAUCUCUUCGAAAUGCCGAGUUUGCCGCGUAUUUGAUCUCAUUAGGCAUUGACAAAGAUACUGGCCUACACCUUGGGGUCCCCAUCAGUGAAUUGGCCAAACGGCACGAACGAUUAAGGCAAACAAUCAAGCUUCUGGGAUUAGGUCGGAGUGAGCCGCAUCAGCAACAUAGCGAAACCAACGAAAAACCCAACUCGUGGCGUUUGGAUAACAGGUAUUAUCUACGUGUCGUCGAGAAGCUUGAUGCUCCGCCAGAGAACGAGGUAAAUGAGACAGCCGAUGCCGAAACUGACGAAGAACUAGUUGAUGAGCCUGCAACAGAAAAGCCUCACAACCCAGAGAAUUCACCGGUUGACGAAGCACAACAAAUGCGGGACCAGGGAGAAGGCAUGGUAGCACAGCAGCAGCUUGUUCCGCAAGGACUUAGCCAUGCUAGAAGAGACCGAUCGUUCGCUAGAUUUUUACCAUUCAAAGCCAAACGAAAGAAGUUUAUUAAGACUCCCCCACUUGAACAGGAAAAUGAACCGCCACCGCCACCACCAUCAACUAAGCCUCCCAGAAAGGUCUCAAUCUCACUGCCAACGGAGUAUCUGCAGUAUGAUGAGCCCGACUCGGGGUCAGUAUUUGGAGAAUCGCUCUUGCGCGAUAUUGAUAGACCCAGCAUUGGCAGGCGGGCAGUUUCGGACAUAACCAACGCUUCUACAACAGUUUUCCGGCCUUUAAAAGCCAUUUUGAAACGGGAGCUAAUAGAGAACCCAAAGCCUUCAUCCAGGUCGCUGCGCCCAACGUCAGAAAGGACUCCCAACUCCGCGCCAGGAAAAAAAAGUACGCUUCCUGGGUCACAUCUUUUUUCCACCAUCAUCAACGAUAUAUCGCUUAACGCUGCACUUCAGGCCAAUGGCCUGGCGCCGAGGCGUAGGAUUCCGCGCGAAGUGAAACCGGAUUUCACAAAUUUGAACGAUUACUCGUCGAUCAUGAACAACGAGAACAAGGCUCAGAAACUAAACAGACAAGAGCGGCCGAUGUCUUUGGAUUCCUGUUUGAAUCAAACUAUUAUAAUAGAAGCAAAGCCGGAACUGAUUGAGGAGUCGUCUCCCCUAGCCUUGGUUUUGGAAAGUUCUGAGAACUACCCAUAUUCGACUUUGGGGUACGGGAUGGAUAUUAUUACCAACUACCAAUAUGCAGAUGAUACGCUUUCGAGACAGGACGAGAACCAGCUCCGCCAAAAACUGAUGCUGGAUAAGGUGGACGUGGUGAAACCGAACGAUCCCGCUAUUUUCUUACCGCACCUAGAACAUUUGGAGUGA